GGGAAGGAGAUCCGUUGGGCUCUCUCUUUCCUCUCUUCCUCUCUUAAUGCAGGAGGUCCAUUAGUCUUUUUCUCUCUCUAAAAAUGCCGAAGACAAGCAGGGGGAAGUCGGGUCGGAAGCCAUUAUCAGAUAUCUCCAACUCGAGAAAGCCGUCAAAGACAGUGAAUAAGGCUGUUAAAGAUGACAAUGCCUGUUUUGAUCGCCUUGUCUCUGCCCAUUCUGACCUAUCCAAACUCAUCAGUGAAAUUGAUGCACUUGUAAUGCGUGCCUACAAACUCAAACAAAUGCACAAAUUGGGGAACCAUGAAGUGGAGUCCUUUAUCAAUGUCUUAUCAAAUGCGCAUUCAUCCUUGCAGCCAUGGCUUCCCAGAUUCCAGCAAGCAUUGACAAGGCAACCAUCAAAAAUUGGCACUCAAGAGAACCAAACUCCACCAAAGGAAACUGUCUCUAUGACAAAUGAAGACAGAAGGGUUUUGGCCCAAUGUCCAUUGGAUGUUGGUUUGGGCUCUUCUCUUUCUCCCUCUCCACUGGUCUCCUGGCAAGCUGAGUGUAAGAUUGAUAAUGGAAGGCAACUGUUUUUGCUCACACCUUUGCCAAAAUCCAAACCACCUUCAAUGAAGCCCCUUGCUUCAUAUGUAUCUCACAUCAAGUGCUCUCAAGUAACUGACUGCUCUUUGACUUCCCUCAAGAGCUCCAAAGUAACAGAUUCUUCUUUCUCUCCCUCCAAGAGCUCUAAAAUAACCGAUUCUUCGCAUUGUGCUCCUGAAUCGUCUCCAUUAUCACCUCCUGCUAUCCAGGGCCAGAAUGAUUGUUUGCAAACAGUAAAUAACAAUCUUUCUAGAAAUAAAAACGCUGUUUAUGGAAGGAACAAAGAGGUAGAUAGUUAUCAGAAACUGAGCACCCCAUAUUAUCUUGUGACCCCUUGUUUGAAAACCUCACCCCCAAAGACAUGCUUGAUUUUGAACCAUAUUCCUGAGUCUUCUCAUGAAGAAAACAACAUUUCAUCAGGGCCUACACCAGUGCCUGUUAAAUUUCUGCAAUUUGAUGAGUUCCCAUCCAUGGAAGACUCGGAUGAAGAGGUUUCAAGGGGCUUGAUGGCCAAGUAUCCAGAGCUCUUUGGCUUUCAGGCUUUCAAUAAGACAGAAAAUGAGAGGAAAGAACUUGAAUCUCCUGAUUGGGCCAUGUCUCCCCCAAAAACCUGUGUUUUGAUGAUGCCAGCAUUUGAGAAAUUAUCGGUUCAUGAGGGUGCUAACAACUCGGUUCGAUCACAUUGUGUGAAAAGUAGGUUAUCAAAGUGUCAAGUUUUGGGGAGAAAAGUGGAUGCCUGUGGCAGAAGCGAAAAAAAGCUUCAUAUGGCAAGUCCAAUGGUGAUGGAAUGCACUCCCAUAUGGAAAGGUUCUCAAGCCACACCAUGCAUGGGCAAGGCACCAGGUGAGCAAACGCUUAAGAGAGAACUGUGGACUAAAUUUGAGGAAGUCUCUGCAAAUUUACCUCGUUCCUUUGCUCCUGCCGGCUGCGACUCAACAAGAAGAGGAUUCCUUCAUAGACUGGAAGAAGAGAUCUACUCAGAGUCUAGAGAGAAGAUAUAACAAGCUUUAACGUAAGACACUGAUUUGUGCAUAUGGUUUCAAGUUCCUAAAAGAACCUCCUUUUCUCUCCCCCAUAGCCCUCUCAAAAUGUAUACUUUCGAUUCUCAAAAUCAGUUGGCACCAUUUUUGUCUUGAAUUUGAAGCGUCUUGAAUUGAUAUCUUCUGAAGACAUUCUCAAUGUGAAAAUUUAAUAUAUGACGAGGCAUAAUACAUAUUCGUGUGAAA